AACAAGCAGCACUCCCCCCUGCUCCGCCUCCCCGCCGAACUGCGCAACAAGAUCUACAAGCACGUCUUGGGCGGCCACGAGAUCUACGCCCGCGUCGAAAACGCCCCCUUCACCUCCCGCAAAAUCUGGCGCGAACAGCACGGCCUGUGCAAAGCCAUCCGCGCCCUGCCCCGCACAAGCGCCCAGCUGCGCCACGAGACCGCGCUGCUCGUGUACAAGUACAACACCUUCCGCGUCCGCUCAUACGAUCUAGACUUCUUUUUCGACGUCGUUGGCGAGUCCGCGGCGCGCGCGCUGCGCCAUCUGGUCAUCGAGCAUUGCAGCGUGCUGCUCAACACGAGCUACAGGCGGCUGUACGAUGUGUAUCGCCACGGAAGCCUGGCGCACAUUGAGGUGCUGAUUCGCACGGGGCGGGACGGCGGGUACCUGGCAGAAGUGCAGAAGAGGCUUGAGCAGGGCUUUGGGGGCACUGGGUGCGCGCGGGAUAUCGAGGUGGUGGUUGGGGAGGGCGAGAUGGUGAUUUGCUAG